AUGAAACAGAGCCCCUCCCCGCCCUCACUGCGGCCCGCCGCCUCUGCCUCGCUGCGCCCAGAUUCACCGCUAUGUCCUCCGGCCCCCAGCCCCACUCUAAACGAGGGUCGCUCUCCCAGGCGGCCUUCCUUCCUCAUCCCCAGGACACAGGUCGCUGCCGUGUCUAUUCCUGGACGUGCCUUUCUUGGGCCCUCAGCUCCAGCCGUGGCCAGGAAGCAACCCCAAGGCUCCGCUUCGUCCGACCGCGGGCCUCAUCACCCUGCCUCGUGGUCGGGCUUGAGCACUCGGCUGUGUGGUGCCCGCAAUGAGGCUGAGUCGGCGAACCUGCGUCGUCUGGCACGGGUCUGUGUGAAUGUGCUGCCGGGCAGGAGCUGCCCGCUGUGGGCCCAGGCCGUGCACCUCCCUGGGGCCGCCCUGCUGUCCUUCGCCCGCACGGCGCCCGGCGCCGCUUCCCCUCCUGCGUGUGCCUCGGAGAAAGCGAAACUGCACAGCAGAGCUGGUCACACAGAAGAGCCCACUGUCCAGACCCUCAGCGUGUCCUGCAUCAGGACAGUCAGCCACACAACCCAGACUGUCUUCUCUCAGGCCAGCAUCGGCCUCCCCCUAAACUACGAGAGACUCCAGGAAGAGCACGAGGUUGCUGUGCCAGGGGGCACCCACGGCCCAGGUCCCGCAACCUCCACCGUGAUCAACAUCCGCAGCGACACUGCUGUGCCUGACCCCGCUGUCUGGUCCCUCUUCAACAUGAUCUUCAUGAACACGUGCCGCCCGGGCUUCACAGCCUUUGCCUACUCCAUAAAGUCCAGGGACAGGAAGAUGGUGGGCGACGUGACGGCCCAGAGCUAUGCCUCCACCGCCAAGGGCCUCAACAUCAGCGCCCUGGUCUUAAGCAUCGCUCUGACCAUCGGCCUCAUCACUGUGUUUUGCCUUCACCUCCGUGCAGUUGUCCAAGGCGAUAUAUGACUCUCAGGGCCACUAGCCCUGCAGUUUCUUUCCCUCCACAACUGCCCUGGCCCUGGGCUGGGCCCUGACCUGCACCCCACACCCCACACCCCGACCAGCUGUCCAUAAUUGGGAUCAAUAAAGUGUGCACGUUCCUUAAAAAAAAAGAGAUGCUGUCUCAAAAAAACAAAAGCAAAAAAGGAACCUAUGGUGUGUCUGGGGACAAGCUGAGGACUCCAUCUCCUCAGACCCCGUCCAGUGACAGAGGGAAUGGCGUCCUCAUCUGAGCGCUCUGCUGUGAGCCGGGGAGAGCUGUCACUGCGCAGCAGCCGCAGGAAAGGGCCCGUGGGGACAGCAACCACGAGAGGAAGGAGCCUGGCUCUGGGAGGGGGUGGCAGGCACCAAACGCUUCUCUGCCAACAUCAGGGAGUCAACCAGUACUAAUGUAAAGGGCAAAAUCUUUUUGGUAAAUAUCAGAAAAGGGCUCAAAGAGUUGAAGUGGUUACCUGUGGGGCCCAGGAAGGAAAAAAUAUGUAUAAUAUAAAUAAACA